AAAAAAUAUUCAAGUGUUAGUUCCGGGCGCUGGAUUAGGAAGAUUGGCAUUUGAUAUAGUAAACCAAGAUCAAUUAGUGCCUGUUUAUAUACCAGAUGUGCUGCCUAGUAGUAUCCCACCUGAAUCUGAUUUUUCAAUGGUGGCAGGAGAUUUUACAGAAGUUUACGGUGACAAUCAACACAUAGGCAAGUGGGAUUGUAUAGUUACCAGUUUUUUUAUAGAUACUGCUAAAAACAUUAUAGAAUAUAUCGAACUCUUUCAUCGUAUUCUUAAGCCCGGAGGAUUAUGGAUUAAUAUCGGUCCAUUAUUGUAUCAUUACGAGAAUACACCCGGUGAGAUGUCGAUUGAGUUGAGUUUAGAAGAGGUUAAAAUGGUUGUGAAAAAAACUGGAUUUCAAUUUCAGAGGGAAAACAUAUUUCAAUCAACCUAUACAAUUAAUCCAAAUGGAAUGUUAAAAUAUUUAUACGAUUGUGCAUUUUGGACAUGUCUUUUGAAAAUAUCAUUUUUAUAUAAAUCUUAUUUUAAGGAUUGUUUAUAUUACAAAACAAGAUCAAACACAAUAACAUCACCAAUUGAUCCUAAUAUUUCCUCAACAAAUAUUGGUAAAGCUGUAAAGGUUAAACAAGAAUUAAUAAAUAAAAUUAAUAUGUUACCUGAGAAGCAAGUUUUUUCAUGUUCUAAAUUGCUUGAAAUAAUGGUUUAUCCAGAUGGUGAUCAUGAGGGUGAAAUUAUUUCACCAUAUCUACAAAAAAAAGCAAUGAAUUUGCUUCUAUUGACUCUGGGAAAACCAGAAUCUAGUGCCCAAGAGAUUGAAAAUAAAAUAAAAUCUAUAGAGAAGGAAAAUAAAAUAUUAACAAAAAAAAAUGAAUCUAUUACCUCUAAACAUAAAUCUUUAACAAUUAAAAUAAAAAAACAUGAAAAAGAUAAUGAUCUUUAUAUCUCAUGA